AUGGGCAACAUCCAGUGUUGCGUGCUUCCUUCGCCACACGGCGGGCAUUUAACCAAAAAUGAGCCGUAUGACAGGACAGGCCUUGCAAACGAGUCCUUCGAACUACCUCACAUUAGUGACCGAGAAGGUACCACCAAUGUUUGUUCAAAGCUAAUCGGUUUGCUCUGUACGUGAUCCGAGUGACUGGUGCAUGCUAACAGAAAGCGAAUUGGAUUAAACAUAUUGUUGGCUUACUUUCUCUAUUUUCGCCACAGAUCUUUCAAAUCACAAGGGGACACUCUUCCUACACAGAUCUCAGUCUAAUCCAGGUAAGAUAAAGCAACAACACUAAGUUGGAAGAUGUUAUACUUUGGUAAGCUGCUCCAUCACAUUGUAGUCACAUGUACUAGAAGACUUCUAAAACCAGCUAGAUCAGGCUUGGAAAUCUAUGAGCGUGCUUCUUUCAUCUCCACGAACCGUUUAUAGGUAUUGGAUCGAACGAUGAAAAAGAAGCUUAUUUCCUUAAGCGCUCCUUAACUUUUACGCAACAUGACAUAGGCAAGAAUCAUCCCACUUUGCUUUGUUGAUCUGUUUUGGGUACAAUAUCGGCAACAUUUUUAUUUUAAGAUCGCUGUAAGUACGGUAAAUUUUAUCAUUUGCCUCGUUUCUUAUCUAGUCCAAAUCUUCAUGCUAAUGGAACCGAAUAACUUUACUUAUAAUUUCUGUUUUCCCUGAUCUGAUUGUAGACCAAGAUUGGUCCAUUUUGACCUUGAAUUGAUCCAGCCCCCAGUAAUAAAUUGACAAUGUAAUUUUAAACGGGGUAUUAAAUUCCAUAUUGAGUACUUUUGAAAUUUUUAAAUUUACCAAUCAAAGAAGCCCUUGACUUGUACAAGGAGCUUAAGAUAUUGUCUUUUUUAUUUCUUAAAAUUGUGGCAAAACAAAAGGACACAACAAGGUGAAUAAACCUGUAACAAGAAUAUGUUACUUGUAACUUUUUGGUGCCAUGUUCUAAACUUCUUGCCAGAUUCUAAAUGAGGCUUUUCUUUCAUGUGUGCAUACAACAAAUAGUUGCUUAUAUUGUUACAUUAUUCUAUUUUUAAGGUAAUUGAAAUGAAUCAACAUUAUCACAAUAUUACGGUCAGAUGUGGUUUUUGCAUGAUUCUUAAUCGUAACAGAACUGAAGUCCAAUUCAGUCUGUAAUCGUACAAGGAGUUAAGUAGAAUGAGACCAAGCCUUAGCAGGAGUCUUUCUCUAAGAAUUUGACAACAUGAAGUUCUGUUACAAACUACAGGCAAAGCUCGAAAUAACGGCCGGUCAACAAACAAUGUCCGGACUGAUUGGGGAGUUGACCGGUCAACCUUUCAUCUUGCGGGUUAUUUUGACCAUGUUCAGUUGUUUCCGUUGUUAUCAGUAAUGUAGUGAGUUGCUGUGUACUGUGGAACUUUGAUCUGAAAUCUUGGGUGAAAUGCAACUACAACCCUCAGUUAAAAUUUUUGUUCAGUGGCCAUUUGGCGAUCAGCUCUUUGGGUUUAGUCGCCAGGGGAAAUUUUUAGGCGCCAAAUUAUAUUAAUGACUUAAUAUAUCAAAAUUGUCAUUAACAAAAGCAGUUAGCAAGUUUAACUUAAAAUGCAGCACUGUCAUAUAAAUUACUCGUUUAUUGUGCAAGGCAUUAGUUACUGAUAGUCUGAGAAUAAGGGUUGCAGAUUUAUCUCCUUGAAUCAAUACUGAAACGGAAAUGUAAAGAUAAUUACCAUUUCCAUUUGUCUUUAGGGCCUUCAAUCCUACUAUAUAAUCCCCAGUUGGUAUAUGAGAGCAGAACUUAACUCAUCCUCUGUUAAUGUUUUCAAAAUUUCCCAGUCGCACCUUGAUAGGCGACCUAUUUUUUUUCUGAUAUUUGUUUCGCACUUCUUUUGCAACUUUUGUUGAUGAUGAACUUGUUUCCCCAACUAUCAAAUAUUUUUGGAGAUUUAAAAGGUUGUUUUUAACAUUGCUAGACAUUGCGAAAGCCUGACAAAGGCAGGAGAGUAUAGGAAGAUUGACAAGUUUUCUAAAUGAAAUCAUUGCUUUACAGAGAUAACAUCGCACACGUGAAAAUUUCGCAACGAGUUGUACUGGGAAAAAUUUUUUUUCCCAAUCAAUUGAAAGGAACCCAAACAAAAAUGCCGCCUACGAAAUAAUAAAUUUCCUCUUUCCUUUAUCAUUGCUACAGGUGUUUAAAAAACAUUUUUUGCAACAACCAUAAGCUGUCAGUUUUGCGAUGUUUAGUUUCGCUUACAAUUAUCGCUUUUGUUUACAAAACCGCGAUUCGACUCGCAGCACGGUUCACAUGUUACGGUUAUCACAUAAUGUUCUGUGUUGAAUUUGCACCAAUUUAGCUUUCCCUCUUCAUGUUAUUAGAUUGUUUCAGUAUUGAGUCAAAAAUAUUUAUAAUAUGUAGUCCAGUUAAAAAACCACCGAACUUGGCUAGACAAGCAUUCCUAAGAUAUCGAAGAAAUCGUCACUGUCGACAAGCAAGGCGCUUCGAUUGCAUGCCAUCUGUCACAUGUCAAAAGUUAAAAUGUCACGUGCAAGGCAACAGACUGAAGGCUAUUAGGCGAACGAAUGCAAGUCAAGUUUCAUAUAUGUUCAUUUUCAAAACGCUUAACUCUGAGACUGUUUUAAGUUUUUUGUUUUAAGACUGUUUUUUAAGUAAAAAAAUCAUGGAAUUCAAAUCAGCUAGAAAUUAUAAAUGUUCUUGAUAUUUCAGUAGAAGUGAUUACCAUUUCUGUUUCUAUACGCCACAACACGAACCUAUUCUUCACGGUCGCCAGCUUGCCAACUAUUCUCCAAAUCAAGUCGCCAGUUCCAAAAUUUUAGGCGCCAUGGCGACUAAAAUGGUCGCAACUUGGAGGGUUGAACUAGAACUGUUGUUUACAAUUUGCGUAAUGAAACAGACAUUGGGGUUCAUGCACUUCUGGUUACAAAUUUAAAAAUAUUUUCACCUUUAUUAGAUAAGCAAAUAAUUUUAAAUUUUUGGAAAUACAUAAUGCUAGGUUUGGUUCAUGGGCCCUUGUUUUAAGAGUUAUUUAUCUUAUAAAAUUGACCAGCCAGAAACAAUACGUGACCAAGCUAAAAUGAAUUUGGCCAGUCGUCUCCAGAGACUCUCUCAGUGGAAAAUAUUUCGAGCCCUAUACAGGUUUCAAAGAGUCCCACUGGUAGUCCGGCAAGUAAGUUUACUUGUCCAAUCAGCAUGAGUCCAGGCAGGUCAUCCGCCACCUAAAUCAAGCUUAGACUAGUAAUAACCAAAGGUUACUGAGUGCCGGCGACAACAAUCGAAGGUCAAAACGCUUUUGCUUCAACGUUUCACAUGAUAGAUGGUCACGAUUAUGAGUGAUAGAGGGUCCAAAUGCGAGUCAUCAAAUGGUGUUCUGUGCAUUCCAUUCAAAUGAAUACUGGCUACAUACAUGCAAUGCAUGUUCAAUAACAACCUGGAGAUUAGGACUGCAGGCUCCUCUUUUCGCCCACAAUUAAGCAGGUGUUUAACAGUUACCAGUACACCAGGCAAGCCAAAUGUGAGAGCUGCUUGCCUAAUGGACAUACUGGAAUUUUUUGAGCCUUGCAACUUAUCACAACUAGGAAAAAUUUUGGAUAAUAAAAUUAUUUAGAAAUUUAAACUUUAGGCUAAUCUGAAAAGCCAGAUCUCCUAAGAGGUUUUGCUAGACAUGAAAAAAAAGCAACAACUCAUUCUAGUGGAACUGACCUAUGAAAAUGCCCUUGAUGGCCUGUACAAUCCAUUUACUGAAGCAUGACACAUACUCUCCUAUUCAUUGUCCUAUUAAUUCUGAAAUUGCUUCUGUCAAUUAACUUAUAAUUCUACUAGAAUUAACAGGUGAAAAAAGGAACCCCAAGCUUUGAUUUUCACAGUUGCAUGUGCAAAAUUUUAACCAAAUUUAAUAGUACUGAUUUCCGCUAUACCUAAGGAACCCAGCAUGAUUCAUGAUUUCUUAUGUCAUAAAUUUUUCCUUGAUAUGUCCUGUCAUGUAUUGGAAGAUGCUGUAGUUCAAGGCUUCAGAGGUUAUACAUCGCUUUUACUGCUACAGCUUUUUUUCGUAUGGCCUAAAGGUGACCACACUCAUCAGGCAAUUUUAGCGAGUGACCGUUAAUUUAACAUGGUGACAAUAUAUACUGCAUUGCCAAAUUACCAUUGACUUUGAAUUGGCGUUAAUACAAAUGGUGCUAAAUGGUGCAUGCGGUUUCAUUACGCUGCAUUACAUUAUUCAAUAAUUAUUUCUAAGAGUGAAUAUAUUUCUGUAGGGGCAUGAACUUGCUAAUUUGUUUCUUUUGUUCCAAGUACAUAAGUGUUUUUUACAAAAUUAUAAUGAUAAAAAAUUUUUCUUCUUGGAGGCAUGCACAGAUUGCAAUUUUUAAUGUUAAUGUCGUUGUUAUUCUCAAUGUGUGAAAUGGGCUGUUGUUUUAUAUAUGCAAAUUAAUUAAUUUUCUAAUCAAAUGGUGUUUGGGUGACCCUUUUGUCUGAUUCCAACCAAAUACCAUAAAUUACUGUUUGUCCUUCAGGUAACAAUGGAACCUUUCCAGGAAGACGGACAAUGUCCACUGGAAGUGAAAAGAGAAACGGCAUUGAGGUAGGGACAAUUUUAUAAAUGCUCUGUUAGCAAGAUGGCUACUAAUAUUGUAAAUUGCACCUGUCAGUAGUAACAGUUCUGUAACUUGUUUUUUUUCAGGGCACAUUAACAAGAAAAUUUAGUUCCUGUUCAACAAUCUUCCUUGAUGACAGUACAGUUAGUCAGCCUAAUCUCAAGUCCACCAUCAAAUGGUAUAGUGAUGCUUUCACUGUUCAACAUAGAUUUCAAUACUAUGUCCAGGAAAUUCAAGAAAAACUACCUAUGUUUUUGUCAGCUUCUGACAUUUUACACUUAAAAAUUAAUACCAGUAUAUUUUAGUAGUAAUGUUAUUUUUAUGAUACAGUAGUUAGCAUUUAUUUUAUCAUAUUUUAGGCACACUGUCAAAUGUCAAACUGUUCAUGAGACAUAUCAAAUUGCAUUUGGUAAACCUAAGUUGUUUGAAGUUCAGUUGUGUGGUCUGACAUCAAAGUUCACUCAAUCUUAGGUCACCGAACGUGUUUGAUCCAUUUGGAGUAGGCAGAUACAUUGUAGAAUAAGUUUGUUAAUCGAAACUCAGUCAGACAAACUUAGCGGUAACUGAGAGAGUGAUUGAGUGUUUAAAUGAUGCCAAGCUAGUCUUAUGCAGCUGAUUUAGAGUGUGUUCUGUAAAGGAGCAUGUUUCAUGAUAAAUUAUUGUUGUGGUUUUAAAAGACAGUUUUUUUCUUUGUGGCUUUUGUUUUUCAGUGUGGCAUUAGCAAUAUAUUAUCAUAUAAAAAACAGGUGAGCAAUAUUAUCAAAAGACCGAAGGGGUGUGUGGAUUAUGGCCCUAAGUAACUAAUUCUCCUUUCGUUGUGCAAGCAAAUACAAGGCAGUUUGGAAGGAGAAUCUAGCAGUUGGUCAGAAGUCACUGUAGGCUUUUUUGUGCACCCCAUUAUUUUGAAGCUGAAGAUCUGCAUAGUGCUUAAAGAAAUAAAUUUAAAGUCAGAUUAUAUGUAUGACUGACAAUUUUCCUGGUUUGUCCAACUCUAGUAAUUACGGUAACUUGGUCAAACAUUAGCCCAUGUCCUUUUGGAAAAGAUAAAUUAUAACCUGUGGAGACAAACUAAACAUUCCAAGGUUCAUAUGUGUCUGACAUCCUGUCUCCUGCUGGGAUCAGCACAAUUUUUUUCUUCUUUUACUCUAAUUUGAUUGUGUCUUAAAAAUUAGUAAGCAAAAAUUAGUAGCAACUUUGUCAAAAGUGAACAAUCAGAGUCAGUUUGAUUUUAUUGAUACUAAUUUUGUUUUCCUUUGUUAUCGCAGAGACCGAGAUGUAAGAUCUCUUGACAUAUUUGAUGAAAAGGCACAUCCUCUCACGGUAUGGAAAGUGCCAUAACAACAGUAGUCAUGUAUCUGAAAUAACUUGGAUACUUGACUUGUUCAAGAUACUUUGCCUUCUAGGAAAUUUCUCACGUUUUGCCAACACCAUCUAAUAUUCAAAAGUGGAAAAUGAAACUUUCCCUCAUCCAAACCCUCUAAACAAUGCUUUGCUCCUUUAGCCACCUGUUGGAAGCAAUAAAUAGCCCAACCUGGAAUGAAGGUUUGGGUGAGGAGCUUGAUGUGAUUGUUUUGUUCUCCGAACAAGUUUCCCAACAAUAAUCACCCAUUAAAGGUAAAUUGGUGGCCAAUAACUGUUUCAGUACUGUCACCGAGAUUAAAUUUCUGCCAAAUAUUAGGUGGGGAAUCAAACAUGUAGGAAAAAUUCUUAUUGUUAUUUUUUUCCUUUCAUUUGCUAUGAAAGUAUCCAGGGACAUGCUCAUAGUAGCCAGGGGAAAUCUCUCGCCCCUGGCACUUAAUGACAGCCAUGGCUGAUUAGAAAGAAUAAAAAGGUUGUCAGGUCACUUUCCAAGUGAAUCCAAGUACCUCUGACAAAGAGCGAAUGCUUCACUCAUCAGGUGUUAAAUACAACUAAGUAAAAUACCUCUCAGUUCAUGAAGUUGAUAAGUUUGUAGUCAAAUAAAAAGUAGGCAGUUUCCGACAAGAACCAGGUAAAUGAAAGUUCUGUUAGAUGGGGCCUACAUUUUUUCGUCCUUAUCCAAGAAGACUAGAAAGUUUAACCAUAUGCAGAUGUCAUUACAAAGGCAGCACUUUAUAUAUAGUUACUUUAUGUUUUCCUCUGCCCACCUCGAUUAGCCAAGCUAUUUGCAAGUAGAAGGUGUUUGUGUGUACAUUAUAUGUGUUAAUUUAACUUAAUUUAAUUUGUAACUCAUGAAGAUCAAUAAACUUCAACUUUAACUUCUUCUCACUUAUUUAAAGCCCAUUAGUGAUGGUCUGGCCGGAGUUUGAGCCCAUAACCUCCUGCUCAACAGACCAGCACUCUUCCAACUGAGCUAAUCAGGCGGUGGUUGACAAGCACUUGUUUUCUUAUUCUUUUCAGCAUGAUCCUGUUCCAGAUUAUUAUGACAGAGUCGAUCCAGAACACAGACACAUAUAUAAGUUUAUAAAAACUCUCUUUCAUGCUGCACAACUAACAGCAGAAUGUGCAAUAAUUACACUGGUGAGACAAUUUUAAUAAAUUUAUUUUUUCAUGUUUUUUUUUUUCAAGCUAUGGUGCUAAUAUACCAUAAACUGCUGCUUAUAAUCCCCCCCCAGUUAUAAGCCCCCCUACCCCCCCCCACACACACACACACACACACACACUUAUAAGCCCAUCUACUUUUAAAUAAAAAGUAUUUUAUUUUUAUGUAAAAUUGGAAUGAAAUUGAUUUAUUAUGAUGUUUUGAGGCUCAAAAAAAAAACAGAAAAUACAAAAAGUAUUUUGAUUGUCUCUCCCAUGGCUUGUUUCCAAGAACUUUUUAUUUUCCUGUUAAAAGCCCCCUUGGAUCCAUGCCCCUACUGUUAUAUUAUUAUAAGCCCUUCUAAAACCCCUUACGAAAACGUGUGAGCC